UUUUCAAUUCGGCAGGGAUCGUUUCUUCCGCAGUCCGCAUUUGAAAAUUGAAAGUUCGAAUACACCUAGAUUAAAAAGUUGCGUAUAAAUUUCUCGAAAAUGUGUAAAAUGCUCGUUAUGUAUUCAGCCCGCGUCAGCCAAAUUGUUUGGAUCUUUCGCGUGUCAUAGACAGGAGGCUUUGUGCGAAUGGCGAGUUGAGGCUGCCGAGAAACCGUUGCGAGGAUAAAAACAUGACAGUGUGCAGUAUAUUCUCUGUCUGAAUAGACGACGUCUGUCGUUGGUCGCCUGAUAUAUCCUCCACGGGACCUUCGGGAUUGUGCCGAGCAGACGACCUUAUCUGAAUAUUUAUUUCCUUUGUGAAUUGAGCCCAGUGGUCAGUUUGCCUUUGGCUUUUAGUGGAAUUGGGUUCAAUUCGACGUCCGCAGGUUUAGUCAUUCUGCUAUUCAUACGUAUACAUCUCGAUAAAGUUCUCGCGAUUCGGGUACUCCGCAGUGCAGGGACAUGGAACGAUGGGCAGGUAAGGUCGCCAUCGUAACUGGCGCCUCGGCUGGAAUCGGUGCAGCAGUUGCAAAAGCUCUGGUCAAAAAAGGAUUCACGGUUGUUGGUCUGGCCAGACGGAAGGAUCGCGUUGAACAACUUGCCACAGAAUUGAAAGAAGAUCCGGGAAAGUUACACGCCUGCAAAUGCGAUCUUGCCAAGGAGGAAGACAUCCUUGCCGCCUUUCGUUGGAUCAAAGAUCAAUGGGGAGGCGUUGACGUCCUCGUAAAUAAUGCAGGCGUCAUCAAGUUAUCCACCCUUACAAAUGGGAGUACCGAGGACUGGAAGCAGACCCUGGACAUUAACGUUUUGGCGGUUUGCAUCUGCACGAGGGAAUCCAUGGCGCUAAUGAAGGAUCGUGAGCAUUGUCAUGUGAUCAAUAUUUGCAGCACUGCUGGACAUCAGAUUCCGAACAUAGUUCCAUCCCUGCUGAACGUCUAUCCCGCAAGCAAGCACGCUCUUCGAGCUAUUUCGGAUACUCUGAGGAUGGAGUGUGCCCGCAAUAAGAGGAGGAUCAAAGUCACGAACCUGAGUCCGGGCACCGUGCAGACGGAAAUUGUGGUGGGUUUUGGAAAUUUAUCGGAAAAAUUGAGCGAAGAGGAUAUGGCGGAGCUUUCCCAGCACAAGGUAACUCUUCAGUCGAAAGACAUUGCGGACGCAGUGCUCUACGUUUUGGAAACACCCCCGCACGUGGAGAUACGCGAGUUGAUUAUAAAGCCGUUGGGAGAAAUUUUGUAAACCUGCAGUCGACGAGGAUGAUUACAUACUUCGUUAGAUUGUUGGUACGCCAAUACAAGAAUCUGAUUUUAUAUAAUUUUCAUCCCAGAGAGAAUGGAGCGAAUCGUAAUAAGUUUUCUUAUUUAUUCGCACACCCUUGUGAUAACAGCUGACAUAUUAAUCUCGGUGAUAAUAUUUAUGAGACUGAAAAUAUAUCCAGUAUUAACAAUCAGAUCAGAUUAUCGAUCUCAACUAUGUACUAGGCAUGAAUCUCAAUAAAAGUGUGGUACAAAUGGUCU